UACAGCAGCGGGAGCAAACAUGCUGCAUUUGGAAGUACACUCGCUAACUCAGGCUUUUCACACUUUCUUUCAACCGAAUUAGAUAAACAAUUGACAUAUAACUACAGUACCUCCUGGGGCGGCUUCUGGGACCCUGUGCUGUAUUUCUAUUGGAAUUACAAAGCGCCAGUAACAGCAGUGGAGUUUGUGGGGGUACCUGGAUACGAAGUUUGCUGCUGUGGGAUUCAUUUUUUUGUUGUUUUGUGCACUGGAAUAAGACUUGGUUGUUCUGCAGCCACCCCAGGAAGGUGUUUUUUUUUUUUCUCGAAAUGGAUUCGGGACGGUUGUUGUUAAGUGUAGUUUUUGCUGUUAUCAUUGGUUUCAGUGUGGAAAGCGCACCGAACUGUGAUGAAGUUCGUAAAGUUUUCCAGCUCAGGCAGAUAGGACCUGUAAAGUCGUUGACAGAAAUCCCCAGAGCAGGUUCUGAUCUUCAGGUAUGCAGUUCUAAAAGCCUGACGUGCUGUACCAAGAAGAUGGAGGAGAGAUAUCAAGUAGCUGCACGAAAUGACAUUCAACAUUUACUCCAAACAUCAAGCUCAAGUUUAAAGUUUUUAAUUUCACGAAAUGUAGCUGCAUUUCAAGAAACAUUUGAAACCCUCAUCCGGCAAGCUGAGAACUACACAAAUACGUUAUUUCACACCACUUACAGAAACAUGGCUGCAGAAGCGGCUGCAUCAGUGAGAGAGCUCUUCACUGACAUUGGACUUUUUGUGUUGGGCUCUGAGGUCAGCAUUGAGGAGUUUAUGAACAGGUUUUUUGACAGCCUGUUCCCUUUGGUUUACAAUUACCUCAUAAACCCUGGCUUGACAGAUAUAGCACUGGACUAUGCGGAGUGCACACGGAUGGCAAGAAGGGACCUGAACCCGUUUGGAAACAUUCCCAAAUUAGUAGCUGGACAAAUAGGAAGAUCACUGCUGCCCAGUCGUGUUUUUUUGCAGGCUUUGAACUUGGGGAUUGAAGUCAUUAAUACAACAGACCAUUUGCAGUAUACAAAAGAAUGCAACAGAGCCUUACUCAAGAUGCAGUACUGUCCACAUUGCCAAGGCAUAACUCAGAGUAAACCGUGUAUGGGGUACUGUCUCAAUGUGGUAAGAGGCUGCUUGGCCAGCAUGGCAGAAAUUGACGCUCACUGGAGGGAGUAUAUAAAGUCUUUGGAAGAGCUGUCAAAUGGGAUGCAUGGAACCCAUGACAUUGAGCAAGUGCUGCUCAACCUUCAUUCGCUUGUAAAUGAUGCUGUUAUGUAUGCUCAAAUAAUUGGACCAAAGCUUUCAGUACAGGUGAAUAAAGCAUGUGGACUUCCAAGUAGAAAACCAGGACACUCUUCAGGUGAUCAGCUGGAGGACAACGAACAUUAUCUCACCCUUAAGGCACCGCAGCGAGAGAGUGAAGAGACAUUAGCCAGCAGAAGAAAAGAGUUCAUCAACAGUCUGAAGCUCUACAGGACAUUCUAUGGUGGGCUGGCUGAUCAGCUGUGUGUAAGUGAAUUGGCUGCUGCUGAUGGCUUAUGUUGGAAUGGAGCAGAUGUAGUUAAAAGUUAUACUCUUCGAGUGGUUGGAAAUGGAAUUAAAGCUCAAUCUGGAAACCCAGAGGUAAAAGUGAAAGGAACAGACCCAAUGAUAAAUCAGAUCAUUGAUAAAUUGAAGCACGUCAAUCAGUUGUUACAGGGGAAAUCGAUUCCAAAGUAUGGCAGUUUGGACAUGAUAGAGACUGGCAGUGGGGAUCUUCUAGACCAGGUCAGUGGAGACUGUGAUGAUGAAGAUGGCUGUGCUGGAUCAGGAAGUGGAGAAGUAAAGAAAGAGACCAAGAUCUCCAAGUGGAUUCCAGACAAGAUGAAUGUCGAUAUAAAGCGAACUCAACAGACUGAAGAUGGGGAGACUUUGGACACAUCUGGCACUGAAAUUACAGUGAAGACUAACCUUGUGACCUUGAAUUUGAUUAAUGUGGCAACACUGCUUCUCAGUGUAUGGUAAUAUCACUCAUAUAAUGUAAAUGCCUUUCUGUAAGCAGAAAACAAAACCUGGCAUGUUUCAGCUAGUGGUGCAGAGAUACAAAUGUUAUCCAGUGUGUUUGUCCUAUCAAGUAUCAUAUGGGCAUUUUCAAAAGUAACAGCAUGACUUUAUUAUUCAUUUAUAGAAUGCCUUAGAUUCAAUUUUCUUUACCUUGAAAGAAAGCUGUUUGAGCAGCAUGUUGCUCUUUGAUCACACUAAAAAUGAACACAUUUGUAAUAGUGAACGAUGCUGCUGAUAUUUUAGAACCGAUCGUUUCAUUCCAGUUAGUUUCUUUUAUUUAAUGAGCUUCUAAAUAAGUGCUAUUCAUAUGCUUUAACAUACAUUAUGUCUUUCCAGCUAACGGAUUUCAUAGCCUCUUAACACUAAACCAAACAAUGCUAUGUGUUCAGUCUUACGUAACUUGUGAGUAAAUAAUUUGGGAUCUAUGUAUAUUUUGCUCAAAUUUAAGCCUUGUGAACAAAGCUUUUGCAAAGCUUCCAGGACCUUGGUUUGGAUCUACUGAAACAAGGUGUCAGGUUUUCCUAGGGUAUCUGAAGCAGGUAAAGCUCUCUUCUUUUUUUGUCUCCUGUAUUUCAAUUCAUUGUUAAGAUCACCUCCAUGCACAGUGGUUUCAUUAUCUAACCUGCAAGUGGUUUUUAAGUGAUGUUAAAGAGAAAUAACAAGAAGCUAGGAAUUUUUACCUCUUGUAGGUAACAUGGGUACGAUAACAGUGACGGGUUGCAGCAUCGACAUACCUAGCUUUGCUAACGAUUUUAGUUUUUAUUUUAUUACAUUUUUUUAAAAUUACUAAUUACUAAUUAUUUUAUUUUUUGAAAUCCUUAGCUUUCCAAUACAACAGCCACGAUACCAUCACUGAACUUGAGUUUCGUACCAGCACAUUCAUUUACAUGACAUCAGUCAUUCAGCCAUCUCUUCCCAGGGCUUCAGUCAUUCAGCCAUCUCUUCCCAGGGCUUCAGUCAUUCAGCUAUCUCUUCCCAGGGCUUCAGUCAUUCAGCCUUCUCUUCCCAGGGCUUCAGUCAUUCAGCCAUCUCUUCCCAGGGCUUCAGUCAUUCAGCCAUCUCUUCCCAGGGCUUCAGUCAUUCAGCCAUCUCAUCCCAGGGCUUCAGUCAUUCAGCCAUCUCUUCCCAGGGCUUCAGUCAUUCAGCCAUCUCUUCCCAGGGCUUCAGACAUUCAGCCAUCUCUUCCCAGGGCUUCAGUCAUUCAGCCAUCUCUUCCCAGGGCUUCAGUCAUUCAGCCAUCUCUUCCCAGGGCUUCAGUCAUUCAGCCAUCUCUUCCCAGGGCUUCAGUCAUUCAGCCAUCUCUUCCCAGGGCUUCAGUUAUUCAGUCCUCUCUUUCCAAGGCACUCACCCCUGCUUUCCAUAAACAACAUCUUGUUUAAAUACUAUUUUAUAGUAUGUCUAAGCUGAGGCCUUUUAGUGCAUUGUAUCUGUGCAACACUUUACAUGUGACUCCAUGGCCACUGUUUACAAAUAUGUUAUAUUUUUUUCGACUUAACUUAAUUGAUGGCCACAAAAAAAAAUCCUGGUUGUCCAAACCAGCAAAGCACUGUGAGCACACUGUGUUUCUUCCAUUUUGACAUUAUAAUCCACAUUUGAACUGGUCUGGAGACUAUUACAUGUCAAUACAGCCCUUGAACUACUCACUGCACAUUUAAUCAACUAAACAGAUUGAUUUCUGAUGCAAGGUUAAUUCUACUAUAACAUCAAGCUAUUUUAAUAAAUACAUUAUUAACUAUUUAACUAAUAAAUACUAAUGUAUUGAAAAAGGAACAGGCU